CAUCACAUUUCUUCUUAUGACUUUGUGUUACUAACGUGACUGGAAACACUAAGACUUUAGUAUGUCAGCAUCCGAAAAGGAAUGAGUACAGCGAACGCGCUCAGAGUACUCAUGCAAACACGCAACGGCUGAAACGUACUAGUUAUUUGUAAGGCGCGAUGGAGGAGGACAUCGGUCUGGCCGAGCUGGGCGUCACAGCGCGGAGCGCCGCUCUGGUGGAGGAGCAAGUCCUCCAAGAGGCGCUUGAGGCCGCGGCGGAUGUCCCGCCCCGUGCUGCUGCCGGCAGCCCCGCCGACGACAUCCCAGCAGCAGCAGCUCCUCCUGCUCCUUCUGCUCGCUCCGGCCAUGUCGCCACUGCUGCUGCGGCGGGGGAUGCCGCGCCUCACACCCGCCCUUCCCAACAGCCAAAUGGUCCCGCCUCCGCUUCUGCUCUCCAGCAGCACCUCCAGCACCAGCAGCACCAACACCAGCUGGCCUCCGUACAGCAGGAGAUCAGCGCCAUUGAAGCAGCGCUGGCGGCAGCAGCGGAGGCGGCAGCGGCGGAGGCGGCAGCAGGGGGCGAGGAUGGGGAGGAUGAGAAGGCU